UUGAUGACGGCCUCUGGUGCAUCCAUUCUCACCACCACCGCAGCCGACGACACCACCGCCGCCGCCACAACCACUGCAGCCGGCGGUUGACGACAACCGGCGGGUCAGCGUACACCGCGGGCGGUAUGUCCACGGUGCUGCAACAACCGCCGUCCGGAGGAGCCUCACAAUCGUCGCUGCUGCCGCACCUGCACCCGCACGGCCACCACGGCCAUCAUUUGCACCACAGGCCAGCGGCCGAACUACAGGCUGCAGCCCACAACCCGGAUGUCCUGCUCGCACUGCUAGCCCGAAACAAGGCUCUGGAAGCUAGUAUACCAAAGUGUGGUGGCUGUCAAGAAUUAAUACUAGACAGAUUUAUAUUAAAAGUAUUGGAACGCACUUGGCACGCUCGCUGCUUAAAGUGUAACGAGUGUGGAGCUACACUAGCCGACAAGUGUUUUGCCAGAAACGGAAUGCUGUUUUGUAAAGACGACUUCUUUAAAAGGUACGGGACAAAAUGCGCCGGUUGCGAUUUGGGAAUCCCGCCCACACAGAUAGUUCGGAGGGCACAAGAUCUCGUCUACCACCUACAAUGUUUUGCAUGUGUUAUGUGUGGGCGUACAUUGAAUACUGGGGAUGAAUUUUAUUUGAUGGAAGAUCGGAAAUUAGUAUGCAAACCUGAUUACGAAGCAGCGAAAACUAAAGAAGGUGGAUGCCUAGACGGAGAUCAACCAAAUAAACGUCCAAGAACGACUAUUACAGCUAAACAGUUGGAGACAUUAAAAAUGGCAUACAAUAACAGUCCAAAACCAGCUAGACAUGUCAGAGAGCAACUAAGUCAAGACACUGGAUUAGACAUGAGGGUAGUCCAAGUUUGGUUUCAAAACAGACGUGCAAAAGAAAAAAGACUUAAAAAAGACGCUGGAAGAUCACGCUGGAGUCAAUAUUUCAGAACAAUGAAAGGUUCAAUCUCGCCUCGAAACGACAAAGACGACCUUAAGGUUGAUCUUGAUUCGAACUUCAGUCAUUCACACGACUUAGAAAGCAAUGACAGUUAUGGUACCAGCACGUUAACCAUUGACCAAGAACAUAGCUCUCCAUUACCUGGGAGUCUUCACCAUAAGUUUUUGCCCGGAAACUCUUCACCAUCUUCACAUCAAUACAUGUCAUCACCCACACAACACGUUACCACGUUUGCAGCAGAUAAUGGUUACAUUACAGUAGGUCCUGCGCAUUCUGCGCCAUCAGAACUAAGCGACAACAGUAGCACACAUGGUUUUGCAGAUUUCCCACCAAGUCCAGAUUCAUGGCUGGGAGAAACACCACACAGAUAUUAAAAAUAUAUUAUCAUUAACUAAAAUAAUGUAUUACGAAGUACAAAUCAAAAAUGCUCUUUUAACCUACCAAGGGCUAUAACAAACAUACUGACUGGGUGAGAGCAUUGUAAUUUUUAUAUUUGUUAUUAAUUAUUUGUGAUGUUCUAUUCAUUUACCUAUUACAUAAUAGUUUCUUUUAUUGAUGUGUUUAAACUUUGAUACCAAUAUUUUUAAUUAUUUUGUUUCAGGAGAACCAAGUUUUUAAAAUGUUUAAUGAUUAUUUUAUUUCCUGUGUUUGUGUGACAUGUGUAUCAUUAGUUCGCGCAACAGUUUUUAUGGUAUUUCAUUAGGUUUUCGCCAAGUGUUUAGAUGUAGAUAUUUUUUUUCUUUUUGAUCUCGAAUUUAUAUUCAAUUAAAUGUUAUCUUCAAAUAAAUCAAAAUAAUUUUUACAGGCUAUGUAAUUUUG